AACAACACCCUUAGGAAUUUUCCAGAUAACUUCCUACGUGCAACGAUGGCCCCCAAGAAGAACAAGAGAACCGCCGACUCCAUCAACUCGCGCCUGGCGCUUGUGAUGAAGUCCGGUAAGGUCACCCUCGGCUACAAGUCUACCCUCAAGAGCCUCCGAACUGGCAAGGCCAAGCUCGUCAUCAUUGCCGGCAACACUCCUCCUCUGAGGAAGUCUGAGCUCGAGUACUACGCCAUGCUUUCCAAGACCUCUGUCCACCACUUCUCCGGAAACAACAUUGAGCUUGGAACUGCUUGCGGUAAGCUCUUCCGCUGCUCUGUCAUGUCCAUCCUCGACGCUGGUGACUCUGACAUCCUGAGCACCAACACCGAGAACUAGAGCAGUUUAGCGCGUGGGAAGGAAAUCAGUUAGACAUGAUACCUAGGGUGUAGCACAUGCUGGCCCCUGAUGAUAUCCAAUGAAUGACACAAGAUUCAUGAGCCAU